CAUUAAGUACCAUAUCUGAUUGGAGAGAAAUACUUUAUGACAAUAUGUAUCAAACAGUUAAAUAUGUGUAUGCACCAAGGAUAAGAUAGUUCAUUAUUAUUCAAUACAUUGUCAGCCCCAUAACAUCACACUUACUCUUUAAAAGGAUGGACUUUAUUCAAAUGCACGGGGUGCAUUAGGACAGAGUGCAUGUCUAUGUGGACUGCCCUUGCAGAAGACACACCCUGUUGCUAUGCCCGGAAAGUAGAAGCAACCACACUGUCAAGUCGUCACUUCAUAUGGUGAAUACCACUUCAGCCGUCAGUUUCAAGAUGCCGAAAUGAAAUGACAUGUAGUGUCUGCAAGAUGGAGUGGAAGAAAUUACCAUGUGGCGAAUGGACAGAAUCCCAUGUGAGCUCCUGGUUAAAAUCCAUUGGAGUGAAAGAGAAGUACAUUCUGAAACUGUAUGAAGAGGAGGUUACAGGACCUGCACUAAUUGAGUUACAGGAAAAGUAUCUACGCGAUACAAUUGACAUGAAAGGCGGCCAAAUCCAACUAAUGCUGCACAAACGAGAUGAACUUUUGAAGCCAGUACCACAAAAAACAAAAGCAGUCAGUAGCACACAGAGAGAUACCAGCCAUGUUGAAUCUAGUGCUGUGUUCACACAAGAAUCUAAAGACAAAGUUUCAAGAUCCAGUGUAAAAAUUGAAAGUCGACCCGUUUCCAUACCAAAAUCGGGCAGGGCAUCUUUGCCGCUUUGUGACUUUCGAAAAUUUGAUGACAUUGAAAAAGAAUUCAGAUAUGUAAAAAAUACAGUACUUCCACCAGAGACCGGAAUUGAAGACAUUAUUGUUCCAUGCCAUGAAUACAAGUCACUGGAAAAUGCCCACAAAUUGGAACCACAAAAACUCAAGGUCAAAGUUGCAAGUGAGGUGCUCAGAUUUGCAUGUGCAUGCAUGAAUAUGCGGUCCAAUGGCACAAUACACUUUGGGGUUAUGGAUAAAGUUAAAGGAAUCUACAAACAUGGUGAAAUCAUAGGAAUACCAGUUGAAAACCAAGAUGUAUUUGUGGAUGCAUUGGACUACAUUGAAAAGAGCUUCAGAGGAUCAGAGCAUCAGUGUGAUGCCAGGAAAUGCAUAAGGAAUCCAAAGUUCAUUGAGGUAAUUGACAAGGAGGCCAGUGAAACAACCUGGAUCAUUGAAUAUGAUGUUGUCCCCAAGGCAAAAAUGGUAAAAGACAAACUGUACAGUGUCACUAUUCCAAAGUUCAGCGAAAAAUCCAACAAAGUAAUCUAUGAGGAGAAAGCCACCUACCACAGAGUAGGGGCUAACACACCCCGCAUAUCAGAGGAUGGCCUAAUUCAUUUCAUUCAAGACCUGAGGGACAAAGAUCAACAGAGAGAGGAGGCUGAACUCUCAGACAACCAAACAGCUUCUGACUGUAGAGAGGAUCAGAAGAGAAAACUCUCCAUCCUCCUCACAUGUGGAAAAAAGUACAUGGAUGACUCACUGUUCUACAUCAUCGUGACAAACAAACUUAAACAAGAUCAUCUUGAGAACAUCAACUUCUUGACUCACAUGAAUAUAUUUUGUGUAUUUGACUUUGACCCAGAUUCUAAGACAUUGGGUCUAUGUAAGAAAUAUAAAGAGCACCAUGCCACAAACCUUCAUUUCCUGCAUGACUAUGCUAAUGAUAGUGGGGUGAAGACCACUGACUUCAUAAACCGUUUGAAGCUCUUUGAUAAACCAAGCUGGAUUUUCUGCAACGGGCGAAGCGAUUACCUUGGAGAUGAGAAACCUUGUGAUGAAAAAACCUGGAUGAAAACCAAAAAAAAGCUACUGAAAAGGGCAGUGUCCGUCAUCUGCAAUGACAUCCUUCCUAAAGGUUCAUUUGUGGUGCUUUUCUUGCUCAUGUCUCAGGUCGAACAGCCACUUGUUGAUACAUUUCAUGAAUUCUAUGCAGAAAUGAAUGGCCAUGAGGAUUUGGUUAUAAUAUCAGAGUCCAAAGAGAACUACAAAAAGUGGUCGAGCCUUGCCCAGGUAUCUUGUAGCAUGACUGCACUCAAAGAGAUCAGUAUUGUUGAAAUGCCACUGAGUCAUGUUGAUGCCACUGUUCAAACUAUUCAGCCUACAGUUAGUCGACCCACAAGGCGCUUACCAGUCUUCAACAAAGGCUUGUGCUUCUUCAAGCCAGUUGAAGAGGAUGAGAUGAAUUCUUUGGACAUAGUCAGUGUUGACCAGUGUGAUAACACAAAGGUGGAGAUAAUGGACCAAGACCAAAUCAACACCAUUGAAAAGUAUUUCUAUCAAGGUGGGAAGAUAGACUGGAUGAAUUUGUGGCUUGCAGACAAAAAUCUAUGUGGGGAGGUUAUCAAGCGAGACGCAUACAAAGAAACAAAUGACAUUCUGGAGAACAUUGUACAGCGUAGUCGAGUCAAAAGACCCAUCGAGACUGUGAAUAUAUGUCACCAUCCUGGCAGUGGUGGGAGUACAGUUGCACGACAGAUCCUCUGGAGUUGGAGGACAAAAUUGCGAUGUGCAGUUGUUAAACAAUCAAAAGAAUUCACAACUGUGUGUGAACAUGCAGUGAGUUUACGGGAAUAUGAAGAAAAGGACAAAAAGAGCUGUCUACCGGUACUGUUGCUGUUGGAAGAUUGCAAUGGAGAUUAUCUGGAUGACCUUAGGCGGGAAAUAGGCAACGCUAUUGCAACAAAAAAAAUAAGUUCCUCUGUCCUAUGUUUUAUCCUGCUCAUCUGCAAAAUGUCUCAUGAUCCAGAGAGAAUGUGCCGAGCAUUGCCGUCUCAGACCGUCGCUGUGACACACAAACUGACAGAUGGAGAGAAGACUCUCUUCUCAAGGAAACUGGAGAAACUAAAGCUGGACUUUAAACCCGACUUCAUUCUCACAUUUGUACUGAUGAGUGAGGGCUUUAAACCAAGCUACAUUGAGGGAUUUGUGAAAAAUCUGCUGGACAAAAUUGAUCAUUCAUCUCUUAUCACUCGGCUUAUGAGAUUUGUAGCAUUGUUGAACUGUUACAUUCAUGACUCCUACAUAUCUGUGUCACACUGUGAGGCUUCCCUUGGCAUAGAUAUGCACAUGGAUAAAAUCCGUUACCAUGCAUUUCUGGACUGUCUCAGCGAACAAGCUAGACUUGUUUUCAUACACCUUUCACCUUUCAAAGGAGAAAGUCCAUUACACAUCUCGUCCAUACGGAUAAUUCAUCCACUGGUGGCAAAGGAAAUUCUGAAGCAACUCUCUACAAUCUUGCCUCAAAGCAUGAUCGCAAUGGAUCUACUACAGGACAAAGUACUAAUGAACCAUAGGUUUGGCAAGGAUGAAUUUUGGAAGUCCAUCAAAGUUCUCUUCAUCAGACGUAACAAAAAAAGCAGAGGAGAUCCUAAAGACAGUUCAUUCUCUCCUCUGAUUGAACAUGUCAGCACUGAAACAGGAGGCAUUCAAACAGCUGUUGAUCUUUUGAUAGCAGCUUACACAUCUUUAGGAAAAGAUCCAUUUGUUGCCCAGCAGCUUGCACGUCUGCUUUACACAAACACAAGAUUCGAGGAAGCCCUACGUUGGGCUAAAGAGGCAAAAGAAAUCCUGCCAUAUGAUACAUUUGUCCUUGACACAUUAGGACAGGUGUACAAGCGGUGGUUUUACCACAUGCAUGACACCCUUGACAAGCAAGAAUUAGUGCCUGAAAAGGUUACUGACAUCAUUGGCACUGCUCUGAAAGGAAUUUCUGCAUUCCGUGCCUCAGAAAAAAUACCCUUAAAAAAGACAGUCAGUCUGAACAGCUCCUACUAUGGGGAGGUGGAUGUUGGAUGUAGACUGCUUCAACUCAUAUCAUCAGUUGAUGUUUUUUCAACCAAAAGGGGAAAUUCUGAGUUGAUGAAAUAUUUGCUGACUGACUACAUACCACAGGCAGUUACAAAUCCUUGGCGGAGUUUCCACAACCAGUUGAAAGGAAUGCAAAAGAGUAUUUACCAUGCUCUUGAGUGCAUUUCUGAAGACCUCAGUUACUUUCAGACAGACAUUAGUGAUGAGGAAGAGGAACUUGACACAAGAGAGCCUGAACAAGUACACAAUCCAAGGAAAUGGCUAACAAGGACAAGUGCUGUGUAUGCUGGCUUUUUUUGUAAUGUUUCUGAUCUAGGCAACCCAAUGCCUGACAACAUUGAUGCUGAAAUAGCCACUAAUCCUGAAAUAGCCAACCCAUUCCAAAGAAAAAUGAAAAUUUAUGAGCUAGGGGGAGGAAACGUCACGUCCAUCCUGUCAUUACUCUAUGAUCAGAAGACAGAGAGAUCUGCUAAAAAGCUGGAGGCAAUAAUUGGCAUGUAUCCAGAAAACCUCAAAAGGAAUGACCUUGACCAGACAGAACUUGUCAACUUCAUAUUUUGUCAGAUAGCUCUUGCUUGUGCUUUACCUGGCUCAUCAAAGUUACUUUUACCUCAACAACUCCAAGAUCUCAGCAUGAGAUUUAACACAUAGGGAAAAAACAUGUCAACAGCUAGUGCUCUCUUUCUUCUCUUACUUCUGCUCUGGCCAGAGGAGCCAAGCAGAGAGAACACUAAUCCAGCUCAUAGCCAAGUUCUCAUGUCAGCAAUUGAUGCCCUUCAGAGACUUUAUGAGCUCAAAAUUCAACAUGUUCCUCCAAGGAAGAGUAGAAUAGCGACCCACUUCUUUCUUGGAAAGGCAAGGGGUCUGUACAAGAUUGUCCACAAGGGUCUGAUUGAAAAGCACAUAAAAGGAAAUCUCAGUGAAAGAAGAAUGAAGUGGCUCGGAGGUGAGGUGUGGACAACCCCCGAGGUUGUACGAUUGCUGAAACGUGUUGAAGGAUGGACAGAAAAUGGACACCUGUUUGUUCAGGGUACAGCCAAAGGGAGCAAGAUCAGGGUCAUUCCACGAUAUUCAGCCUCUCUACCAAAUGCAAACGAAAAUGUCACUUUCUACCUAGGCUUUUCUUUUGACGGGGUGCUUGCUUUUGACAUUCAAGUUUUGGACUAAUCUAACAGAUCUAAGGAUUAAUGCUACAAACCACAAGCAUUAAUACAAAAUAAGCUCCCAACAUGAUCGCCUACUACAUUAUCUAAGAGCUGUUACGAGAUAUCGCCAGUCAACAGGUGACACUGCUGUUUAAUCUGAGUUUGGUAUUCUAUUGUAGCAGUGAGCCAAGUGAGGCACUGUUUCCUACGCACUGCAUGGAGUUGUAUGCAUGCAAUCCUGAUAAUGCUGAAGUAAAGAUACUUAUAUGAACCAUACCUUGCUCUUGUAUUGUAUAAUAAGUACAUAAAACAUGAUGUCAAAAGUCAGAACCAAAAAGAUAUGUCCUCAACGGAGAAAAGCAUUCUAUGAAGGGCCUUGCCCACAAGCUAGCCAACAACGAACGCAAAAAAGAAACAAACGGCUUACCUGGCAAUUCCUGUAUCAGAGCCCAAGGACAAGAAGAGCGAUAUAUAUGAUAACUGGACAUUCUUUUGAGCACAAUGGUAAAACUAAGAGAUAUCUACCUGUCUGGAAAAAAAGGAAGAAA